UUCAAUUAAAGCUUAUAAUUACAUUACUCAAUAUAAAUAGUGCAAAUACAUGUCUGCAGUGAAGGCAAUUUUAGAGCAAUUUACAAACCAAGGAGGAGACAGUGGCAGUCCAUAUAAUACAAGGGACCCACAUUGAUUUCUUCUGCAACUGAUCCAAGUAUCUCUCGUGUAAUUGCGCGAUCAGAUUCUCAUCAUGAACAAUAUAAUACAGUGCAUGGCAAUUAAUCUACUAUAAAUCAAAUUCGUCUAUCAGUAGAUCACCAUAACUCCCUAAUCCAGAGAAAAACUCCUACAAAACAAAGCUUCUCUGCCACCAGCUGUUUAGAUCAUGUGAGAAAAACCCCAGUUCUUUGUCACCGCAGAAUGGCUAAACCUAAAACCCCAAUAAAACCCAUCAAUAAAAUCCACCAGAACCAAAACCAACAACCCCAAAGAUCAGAAAAACCACCUUCAUGGUUAGCUGUUAGAGGUCUUUUCACCUGCAAGGACCUACAAAGACAGCAGCAACAGGAACUAAAGCAUCCAAAACAGGAAAAGCAAGAGCAGCAGCAGCAGCAUAAGGAGGAAAAACAUCAUCAGCAUCAAGAACAAGCUCUGGAGGAAACCAGCAAGAAAUGCAAGAAAAUUAAGUGUUCAAGCUCUCUAUGCAACAACACAAAGGUCAUGCACAGGCCUGAAACAGCUUCCCCUGAAGUCCGAAGAAAAAGGGCUUCAAUGGGAUUAACUAGUAACAAUGGCUCCUCAGGCAGAUCCAUGAAGGAUUCUUUGAAUGAAAUUAAUGGGGUUCCUUCCUUUUAUAAAUCUUCAUUGUCUGUGUCUUCUAAUUCCUCCAUUAACAAUGCUGGUUCCUUUAAAGGACUGCCAUUCAGGAGACUAUAUGGCUGCUAUGAGUGUAGAAUGGUGGUAGAUCCUGUUCUUGGAUUCACCAGAGACCCCUCUUUGAGAAGUAGCAUUUGUUCAUGCCCCGAAUGUGGUGAGAUCUUCGUGAAAGCUGAAAAUCUGGAGCUUCAUCGGUCUGUUAGACAUGCAGUAUCAGAGCUGGGUCUAGAAGACACAAGCAAAAACAUAGUGGAAAUUAUAUUCCAGUCAAGCUGGCUGAAGAAAGAAGUCCCCGUUUGCCAAAUAGACAGGAUUCUAAAAGUCCACAAUACGCAAAGAACCAUCUCCAAAUUUGAAGAGUACAGAGACUCCAUCAAAGCCAAAGCCACCAAGCUCCCAAAGAAGCACCCACGUUGCAUAGCAGAUGGAAAUGAGCUCCUCAGGUUUUACUGCACCAGCUUUGCUUGCUCACUAGGCCUAAAUGGGUCAUCCAAUCUGUGCAAUUCAAUUCCACACUGUAAUGUAUGCAGCAUCAUCAAAAAUGGAUUUAAAGAAUCCACUAUUGGAGGAGUCAACGGAAAUCGAAUUCUGACCACAGCAACAAGUGGUAAAGCACAUGACAAAGCUGCAAUAUCGGAGGAGAGUAAUGGCAAUAGUGAUAAGAGAGCAAUGCUGGUCUGUAGGGUCAUAGCAGGAAGAGUUAAGAAGAGUGUGGAGGGUAACAUGGAGGAAUAUGACUCUGUAGCUGGAGCUGAGGGGGUUUACUCCAAUUUGGAGGAGUUGUAUGUGUUCAAUGCAAGGGCAAUUUUGCCUUGUUUUGUUGUUAUCUACAGAGGGUUUUAGUAGGGUCUAAGUUAUUACUUGUACUUUGUGACUCCAAGGGGGAAGGCUAAUGCUGCCUAUUUUGUCUGAUUUCUUUGUAAGUUUGUCCAAGAAAAUCUCAGAUGUUUUGUUCAUAAUGAAAUUUCUAAAGGAUACUGCAAUUUUGCAAGAA